AUGAGAGCAGUUUGUCUUCUCAAUUUAUUGAGCCUGUCUUUCGCUAAUGAAGAUAAGCCGCAAUUUGGAAAGAUCUACGAAUCCGUCUGGCUCGAGAUCGAAGUCGACGGAUACCCAAGAGGAAAGUUCCAUGUCGGGCUAUUUAGAGACAUCGUUCCAAGAACCACGAAGAAUUUCAAGAAGCUAGCAUUGAGUGAUGCUUAUCCUUCGUACAAAGGCACCAUUUUUCAUCGUGUUUCGAACUGGAUGAUACAGGGCGGAGAUGUCGAAUACAAAGACGGGGUUGGCGGCGUUUCAAUUUAUGGAAAGACAUUUGAUGAUGAAAAUUUCGACAUCGGUCAUUAUCGAAAAGGAUACGUCGCUAUGAGCAAUUCGGGGCCGAACACGAACGCGAGCCAAUUCUAUAUCAUUACGAAAAGAUGCUCUCAUCUGGAUGGAGAAUUUGUCGUUUUUGGCAAAAUCAUUGAGGGCUGGGAAGUUAUCAAGCAGCUACAGGAAGAGCCAGUUAAUGACGAGGAUGACUAUCCCGAUAGAAAGAUAAAGGUCGUCGCAGCUGGAGUCAAGCGCUUGUUAAACCCUUUGAUCGUGAACUUUCAAGAGGAUUUCAUGGAAUCAAUGCAGGAAGACAAACCCGAAAAGAAAGAAGAGCUCCCAGAUGGUGUUGUGACUGAAGAUGAGCUUCGAAAAUUAGAACUUUAA